AAGAUUGUGUAGUGACCAUCACCCCAUCAUGUUGUGCAUCGACAUUCCUUCCAGAAGCUCCCGUGCGGUUAAGCCAACAAGAUUUGAGGCUACUUGGUUAAUACACGAAAACUUCAAGACAGUGUUUUCAUGUGCUUGGGCUGCUCAUGACCACUCCCUCCAUAUGGCCAUAAGCUCUGUUAGAUCAGCGUGCAUGAAUUGGAGCAAAUCGGAGUUUGGUGAUCUCUUCCGUCGCAAAAGACUAUUAAAGGCAAGACUCACAGACAUCCAAAACUCCCCUUAUUACACUUAUUCGCAGUGCCUCCAAGACUUAGAAACGGAGUUAUUAGAUGAAUACCAUCGGGUCUUGCAUGUAGAGGAAUUGUUCUGGUGUCAAAAAUCCCAUGUCGAAUGGAUCGCUUCUAGGGACAAGAACACAAAAUUCUAUCAUGCUUCCACAGUCAUAAGAAGGGAGAAAAAUAGAAUCACGGCAUUGCAAAUAGAGGGCGUGUGGGUGAUUUGUCCCAUAACCUUGAAAGAACAUGUUCAAGAUUUCUUUAUUACUUUAUUCUUACAACGGUCGACUCAUAGCUCAGCUAAGAAUUAUUUAGAGUUUCAGCCUCGGCUAUCAGACAUAGAUAGUGCCUCCUUGCUAGAUUCAGUUUCCAUGGAGGAAGUUAAAGCUACUCUAUUCUCUAUGAAAAGAUUGAAAAGCCCUGGUCUAGAUGACAUACAACCAAUUUUCUAUCAAAAAAAUUGGGAGGUGGUUGCCGGUACCCUUCAUUCUUCGAUCAAUAACUCUUUUAUUGAUGGGUUCUUUGAAAGUACAUUGUUGCAGGCUUAUACUACUUUGAUUCCUAAAGGAGAGAACCCAGACACAAUUCAGAAAUUUAGGCAUAUUUGCUUGCUUAAUGUGGCCUACAAAAUCCUUUCGAAAGUCAUAAUCAACCGAUUGCAGCCAUUCCUACAAGACUUGAUUGGGCCACUACAAAAUAGUUUCCUUGCUGGACGGAGCACUACUGACAAUAUCAUCUUAGUUCAAGAUGCUAUUCAUUCCAUGCGAAAGAUGAGAGGGAAAAAAGGGGCCUUAGCCUUUAAAAUAGACCUCCAUAAAGCUUUUGAUAGUGUGGACUGGAACUUCAUUAGAGAGGUUUUGGUUGAUUUCAAUGUGCCAGAUCCUCUAAUUCGACUGAUCAUAUUCUCAGUAACUUCUCUUCAACUAUCAAUCCUUGAGAAUGGUGAAGAGCUCCCUUACUUCCAACCACAACGAGGUCUUAGACAAGGGGACCCUUUAUUCCCUUAUUUGUUCAUAAUGGUUAUGGAGAAGCUUUCGCAUAUGAUCUUGAGUCGGGUUCAAAGCCGCUCAUGGAAGCCUUUUUGCAUAUCAAGAGUUGGAUUGGCAUUAUCACAUUUAUUUUUUGUAGAUGAUCUUAUGCUCUUUUGUGAAUCUUCACAUUCUCAACUUGAAGUGGUCAUGACUUGCCUCUCUGAAUUCUCUAGGAGAUCAGGACUGGAUAUUAACUUAAGUAAAUCCAAACUCUUCAUCUCACCAAAUAUUAAAGGUCAAGUGGCAUAUACCUUCAGCUUUGCUUGUGGUAUUCCAUUAACUUGUGACCUUGGGGUCUACCUAGGAAUUCCUAUUAUACAUAAAAAGCUUGGUCCCAAUACUUAUAAAUACAUCCUUGAGAAAAUACAAUUAAAGCUCGCUGGAUGGAAACAAAAUCUCUUAAGCAUGGCAAGUAGGAGGGUUAUGAUUCAAUCAGUAACUUCCUCUAUUCCAACCUAUACCAUGCAAACUGUCCUUCUUCCAAGCAGCACUGGUGCAGCAAUUGAUACUUUAAACCGUAAAUUCCUUUGGGGCUCAGACUUACAGCCUAAUAAGCCUCAUUUGCUUAGCUGGACAGAUGUUUGUAGCCCUCGUGAACAUGGUGGACUAGGAUUGGGGAUGGCUUGUGAAAAUAACAGAGCUUUAAUUGCUAAACUCAAUUCUUCCUCCUCUGCAACAUGGAGGAGUAUUUUCAAGUGUAGAGAUAUGCUGCGUCUUGGUGUUCAAUGGCGAGUAAGAUCUAGACAACAUAUUAAGCUAUGGCAGGACAUUUGGGUUGGGGACAAAAUACUCCUUGACCAUGUCUCAAACUCGAUACCUCCCUGUUUGCUCAAUUCUUCAAUGGCUAACAUCAUUGAUAACAAUGGGAACUGGCAGUUGGAUCAAAUUGGGGAAUUCUUACUAGCUCAUGUUCUUCAUCUCAUAUAUGACGUACCAUUGUCCACGAUGGGUUCUAUUGAAGAUAACAUUUGUUGGCACGGUUCAACUAUCGAAGAAUUCACAAACUCUAGGAGAUGCCAGACAGCCAUUGAAAUGAAACUCGCCCUCGGAGCAAGUGUCGUUUCUUUCUCUAAAGACCCUAGAUGGGUUAGAUGGAUUUUGCCACAACAACCAUUCCUCAAGCUCAACACAGAUGGCUCUCGGAACCAUACAAUAGGUGGGGCAGCUGCAGGGGGACUUAUCCGCAAUCACUGUGGUAUUUGGAUUCAUGGAUUUGCUGUAAAUGUAGGUGUAACUUCUAGCUUCUUGGCUGAGCUAUGGGGAUGCCGCGAGGGAUUAAAAUUGGCCCAUUCACUUGGUGCACAACAUCUAAUUCUUGAAAUGGAUUCCUUAAUGGCAAUACAGUUCAUACAGUCACGCAAAAUUGUUGCUAGGCCGGCAUCUGUGUUGCUUGUGGACAUCUUUUUGCUAUUAGAUGUUUUCACUUCCUGUAAUGUCCUUCAUACUCUACGUGAAGGCAAUUCUGCGGUAGAUUUUAUGGCCUCUAUUGAGCAUGAUCUACCUAUUGGCAUAGUGUUUUAUCCAUCUCCCCCAUUGGGCAUAGAUCUCAUCUUGCAAGAUGAUUGUAUAUAUAGGGACUAUGUUCCUUAGAAAUUAUGCUGGGUAGUUAGCUUCUGAUGUACCAAAAAAAAUGAAAGAGAUAGCAGACACGUAUGUAGCUUUAUCUUUCAAUUUUGUUCGAAUAUAGGACAAAAGAGGAU